GCGCUGACCAUCGCACCUAUAUCCCGAGAAAUUGGUGGUGUAGGGCCGGAUCCUCGUCAGAUUCUCACCAACUACUCUAAGGAGCUAUGUGGAUUGCUAGAGGCCCAUUUGGUCCUGGCGUUGCGACCAAAGAUUCUAGUCAACAUGUGCACAUAGUGAUGAAAACAGACAAAGAAUACGAACUAGGACGCAAAAAGGAACAUCCUCUGUUUCUUGACUCCAAAAAAGUUUCCAAUAAUCACUGCAUGAUCAAGGUGGGACCUUUCAAUGAAGAGGAUAUGGCGAACCCCGACAUUCAUCCAAAACUUGAAGUUCACCACCGAAGCUCGAAAGCUAUGGGGGUAUCUAUCAGUCCUGAGGAAUCACACCAACUCGGCGAGGGUGCUACGUUUGAGCUCAAGGAAGGAUACGCGAUCAAAGUCACGAAUGCUAUUCCAGUAACAUUCUUGUGGACCCCUGUUUGCUGCUACAUCCCAACGUCGCGAAAUACCACAGUUCCGACCGCAGCAUGUUUAAAACUGGGAAUCCAUCUGACACAUGUACUCCACUCUGGGGUCACCCACCAUAUUGCGCCCGUGUGUUCUCCCACCGUUCCGCUGGCUGCAUCUCUUGUCGGUGGAUGCAAUAUCGUCAAAAUCGAAUGGUUGCAGGAGCUCAUUCGCGUAUCAGAAUCAGAAGACCCCAACGACCGUUUCACCGAGCUCCCCCAGUUGUCUAAAUAUCGUCCCAAUUUUUCUCCUGCUCUUGAGGCCCGUCAUAAGCGCUUUGAGGUCUGGGAGACGUCCGACCACCGACAAACUAUAUUCUCGUCCCUCAGAUUUCUAUGUGUGGGAGAAAAGAACAGGGAGAUUGAUAGUCAUAUGAGGUUCUUGAUCCAGAGGGGAGAGGGAUCUAUCGAAAUUUUCAAUGUAAUGGAUGCUGCUCGAAAAAUGAAAUGGCAUCGUGCCCUAUCUCGAGGGAAAGCUAAAGAAAGCAAGAGUUUGGUCGUUUUGGGAGAGGAACAAAAUAUUAUCGCUGCCAUAGGGGAGGACGGGUGGAAGGAACUAGCGGAUGAAACCCGAACUUUCGGUUUAUCGUUCAAGUCAACUAACGACGUCGUGCUUUCCGUCCUGGAUAAUGAUAUAUCGAACCUAAUUGCUCCCGCCAACGGAAUUGACGUUCAUGACGGAAAUCGUUCUUCCUCCCCUCUACCCGACGUUAUACCGAAUACAAUACCCGAAGAGGAGACCCAUCCUCCACAAUCACCUGCCUCCACUCGAAAACGGCCCGCAAGGCGAGGUACACGACAUGCGCCUGAACCCAAGGCAUUAGAAGAGAACAUGUCACAACAAGCAGAAGAUCCUGGUCUCGAGGCACCGAAACGACUGCGUCCAACGAGACAAAUAGGCCGGCAGCCAUCCCAACCACCAGCGACUGAAACAACUGCAGCACCUGGGCGUAAACCAGAACCUCAGUCCGUUGUACCGGCCACAGAACCUCGGCGGCCACGUAAGAUCCUGACGAAGCAUCUCGAUCCUGCAACUGGGGAGCCCGCAGUGACUGGUCUCGGUGAUAACUCACUUAUCGAUCAAGCCACCCCAACAUCAUCCAUAACUCAGCCGACCAUUCCUGUAGUAGUUGAUUAUACGGCUCCGGGUCGACAGAGAUCAUCCCGGCUGAAACGGCGUAUUGGGGCUACAGAUCUCGGUUCGCGAGAAAGCUCUGCAGCACCUGAAGGAGAGCGCGUCACUAAAAAGUAUCGUUCUCUGUUUGAAGAAAGUGAUCCGACCAAAGAUACCACGACUUCACUGUCGGAAAUGAUGAGCGCUGCUGCUCAGGAGACCCAACAGUCACAGACCAUGCACAGUACGAGGUUCAAGUCAGUCACUCAAGCGACGACUUUGGGUGUAGUGCCUGAGGAAGCUGAAAUCAGCGAAACUCAGGGGACUGGCUCGAGUUUAGUUCUUUCGGGAAACAAACGAAAAGCGACUUCAGACGACGAAGAGAUGGAAGGUAUUGCGGAAGCCCUUGCUCCGACAGCUAGCAGCUCUCGUAUGGGAUCAGUUGCUCCGCGUUCAAAGAGACAGGCAAUCGAGGGUGUUAACUCCGUUGAGUUUUUCGAGCAAAAUUCCCCUGUAACGACGAAACUCCCCUCCGCUAAUAAACCAGCUUCCACCUCGAAAAUUGCUCCGGCGAGGGACACUCCAACGAGCACCGGUGCCGAACCAGGCAAACCUGACACGGAUGACGCCUUCUUGAAAGCUGUUGCCUCGACCAAACGAGGAAAGAGAGCAGAGGACGAAUUUGAUCGGGAGUUCAAUAAGCUGAAAAUCUCGAAACCGGAGCUGGAGCGGGAAGAUCUUGAAGACAAACAAUGGGCGAUCCUGGAAGAAUUCGGGGAUGAUCUAAACAUACGAGGGAACUUCAUGGUCAUUGUUCAGUUUGACGCCUCUCGCACAAGAGCACGGGGAGAUGCUCAAGAGUCGAAUCCGGAAUGGAACGGAAAACCCAACUUCAAGAAGUUCAAGAGGAAAAACGCUCUUCCGUCUAUUGCAACACGACCUCGGCGAGUUGAACUUGUCCUCAAUGAGCAGAGCGGGUAUGGUGUGGGACCCAGCUACUGGAAAGAAGAAGACACAUCACAGUUGCAAGACUUUGAAGAGUCCCGAAAUGUUGUCAAAGACAAUCGAAUGUCUACUCAGCCUCUCGUUGUCAACGAUUCUGAAUCUGAAGAGGAGCACAGCAAUCACCGGAUCAAAGGGGAAAUGGCUAAACCUACAAUCGCGACGAAGAAAGGCCGCAAAGAAGCGAAGAAGCAGCCGCUGUUCCUUGAGGUUUCUGAGGAUGAUCAGGGCGAAGAGACUUUGGAUCCAAGUGAAGCCCUGGAUAUGACUCUUGACUCAGCGCCUCCACCAACAAACAAAAUGGCCAGGAGAGUAAAGAAAAAAGCCCAACCAAUUAUUGUUGACGACGAUUCAGAUGAUGAUGCCAUGUUCAAAGGUUUUCAAACAAAAGGACGGCGACGAUAGAUGGAAGGCUGCUUGGUGAAUCGUCUUUGCCUUGAUGAUACACAGUAAUGCCUCAGAUAUGCUUCAUUUCUCUGUCUUCAGAAAACGAAACAUGGAAUUUCAUCGCAAACUCCUCCAUUCAGAUUGGGUAAAUAAUUUGAAAAUAAUUUCACCUGCCAAAAAAAGGAACUGAUUUAGUGGAAAUAACAAAUACAUGUAGG